AUGUUUCUUUCUGUUGAAACCCUGCUGAAUGCUUUGGCAGCUGUUCACGAAGCAAAGCACGGUCAUCAUAUUGAAAGUCGCAGACGGGAUGAUUCUGUAGACUUUACCCAAGGCUUUCCAGACAGGGCCUUUUGGAAAAUCGGAAGCAAGGUUCUGUUGCAAGCCUGUUUGCCUGAUCUGGUACAGGGGGAGAUCGGCAUCAGGAACAAGCGGCACUGCACGGACAUCGUGAAGCAUCUCGCAGAUCUUGAGAUGCCUUCCCAGAAUCAGGAAGAGGCGGAGCGAAGGAAGCGCAACAAGGUGACUCUGUGCGUGGAAGGCAACAUCAGCGCUGGCAAGAGCACCUUCCUGCAGAAGCUGCUCAAGAGCAGCGUCGAGCUGCGGGACAUCAUCGAGGUGGUGCCAGAGCCAGUCGACAAGUGGCAGAAUAUCCAGGACACGAAUGGGGGUCAGCCGUCAAACCUACUUGAGGCAUUCUAUCGCAAUCCCGAGCGCUACGCCUACACAUUCCAGAACUACGUCUUCGUCACCCGCCUCAUGCAGGCGAAGGACAGCGAGGACUGUGCGGCGCCGCUGCGGCUGCUGGAGCGCAGCGUUUUCAGCGACCGAAUGGUCUUCGUGCGCGCCGUACACGAGGCCAAAUGGCUCUCCGAGAUGGAGCUGUCCAUCUACGACUCCUGGUUCGACCCGGUGGUGUCCCAGCUGCAGGGCCUGGUGCCGGACGGCUUCAUCUACCUGGCGGCAAGCCCCGAGACAUGCAUGCGCCGGAUGAGUGCCCGCGGCCGCGGUGAGGAGGGCGGCGUCUCCCUGGAUUAUCUCGCCAAUCUGCACUCCAAGCACGAGGAGUGGCUUCGCAGCGGCGCCCUCCGACCCGAAGAGCUGCAGCUGCUGUCCGAUCCCUCGCGCAAUCUGGUGUUCUACCUGAACCAGGAACGGCAGCCGAUGCUGCGCAAGCACAUAGACGGCCUGCCGGCGCUCUACCUGGACUGCGACACCGACAUCGACCUGGAGAAUGACAUCUCUGCGCGCUCGGCUUUCGCGCGCCAGAUCCGCGAUUUCUCUGACCACGUCCGUGCCCUGCGCGAAGCCCGGUGCGCCCUCGACUGCCAUUCUCGCUGUGGCGUCGUCCUCCUGCAAUGA